AUGUCGAUUAAAGAGGAACAAUUACAAGAAAUUGAAGCGAUCACUUCAAUCUAUCCUGAUGAAAUCGCAGUACUAUCAGAGGAUCCUUACCCUAAAUUCAACCUCAUGAUAAAACCAACAACAAAUGAUGAAGACGAUUUUAGACCUUUUCUUUUACUGGAAAUCAAAUUUCAUGAACAUUAUCCUGAUCAAUCACCGGAAAUAGCAAUCGUUGAUUCAGUUAAUGUUGAUGAUAGAUCAGUAUUUGAAAGUGAAAUCAAAACGAUUUGUGCGGAAAAUUUAGGUAUGCCGGUAAUAUUCACGUUGGCAAGUCAUCUAUCGGAGCAAUUAAGUAUUCAAUCUGAGACUCGUCUAGCUCGUCAGCGUGAAGCUAUUGAACGAAAAAUUCGCGAGGAAGAAGAAGCUGAACAAAAACGAUUUGAAGGUACAUGUGUUUCGGUUGAAUCAUUUAUUAAAUGGAAAGUUAAAUUCGACGCUGAACGAGCGGAAUUAAUCAAAACGGUAAAAGUCGACGAAAGUGAACCGAAAAAAUUAACAGGUCGACAAUUAUUCGAAAAAGAUCGUUCACUUUAUGAUUCAGAUAUUAAAUUCAUUUCGGGCGAAGGUGGUGAAGUGGUCGAAGUUGAUGAGUCGUUAUUUGAAGAUAUGCUCGAUUUAGAAUUUGAUGACGCAGGAACAACUGGCAUUGAUUUGUCUGAUGUGGAUCAAUAA